ACUUGAACUUGCUUGGGUAAAUUAGAAUUCAAAGUUGCUGUUUUUUUCAAAUAAUUCGACAUUGACAUUUUGUCAAACCGCCAUUAUGGCCACUUCACAGCUCGCAAUUCCAGAGAAAUACAAGUCGGAGCUCCGCUACGUCGAAGCAAAAGAUACUCGUACCGACGCUGAGAUCCUCCAUUCCUUCACCGAACAUGUGCCCGUUACGUCGGAGAAGAACAUCUGGACGUACUGGCACUCAGGAGUCAAGUCGAUGCCCAGCUGGUGCCAGCGCAACAUCAUCAACUGGGUGCGUCUCCAAGGGUCUGAAUGGACUGUUCGUGUCCUCGACACUGUGCCGGACUCGCCAAACCACGCUUUGAAGUGGAUAGCGCCCGAAGAGCUACCUGAAGCUUUUGUGGAAGGAACAAUGACCGGGCCUUAUGUUGGGCCUCAUAGUGCGGAUUUCCUGCGUGGCGCGGCGCUGUAUGCGUAUGGAGGUAUUUGGAUGGACGUCGGAAACAUCCUUUUCAGACAUCUGGACAAGGUCUGCUGGGACCAGCUUGCGGAUGACAAUAGCCCGUAUACUGUCAGCGCACCUUGGAUGUUGAAGCAGUACAUUGCAAAUCACUUCAUCGCGGCGAGGAAAGGCGACAUUUUCAUUAAAAAAUGGCAUGAACUUUUCGUCCACCUCUGGAAGGGCCGGAAAGACUUCACGGGUGUACUUCAGUCCCCCUUGAUCGCGUUUAUCCAGGACUUCAAGUUCGGCCAAGCAGAAGACCGGAACUUCAAGUGGGACUUCAAGGUCGACGAGGCAACGGCUCUCGGAUACAUCGGGCAGUGCGUGGCCUGGAUCCGACUGACAUGGUUGCAGGAGCCGGAUGGAGGCUUUGACGGCGUCGACUACUGGGCUAAAAAGGUUCUACUGUUCGAUGCCGGACAGGAAGACUGGGCUGCCGAGCAGCUUUUGGGUUACAAAGGCGAGGAUCUGUUCAAGGUGUUGACUACGAAAAGAGAUGCUGAUGCAGAAAGCGAGGAGUUCAAGAAGGCCGAAGAGACUAUUUGGCGACUGUUGACAAAGAGCUCCCUUCAGAAGAUAACGCACGGAAAAGGACUAACGCACUCGGUUCACUGCGGUGUUCUUAUGGACUUACCGGAGAACGAGGGAAGCGAUCAACAGCCGGAGACUUUUGCAGAGUUGUUGCGGUUUGGAAGUGUGCAUUUCGAGCAGACCAGGGAGAGUGUUGUUUAUGUUGAUCCGAUUAUGGUAGAUCCUCAGCUCGUCAUCCGUAAAGGCUUCUUGGAAGCUUGAGCUAGACACUCAUGGGAACCACACACCGAAGAUAGCAUAAGAAAUGAGUUCGGGGUAUCUAUGUACCAGAAAGCGUACCCAGCUGUGAUUAUGCG